AUGGUCAAGCCCAAGAACCACACCACACCACACACAACCAAUCCUGAUUAUGGCAUAGAAAUGGUAUCAAGAAACCCUGGUCACAAAGAUGACAUGAAUCUCUUAAGGGGGUGGACCCCCAACUUCCUGAGGACCACGUGCUUUGUCAAGAAGCACAAGAAAGGCCUGAAGAAGACACAGGCCAACAGUGUGAAGGCAGUGAGUGCACAUGCAGAAGCCAUCAAGGCCCCUGUGAAACCCAAGUUGUGCUGUGUGCGGGGGAGCUGGAGCGCAGGCGCGUGCAAUCUGAGCCGGACCCUUGCCCCUCCUUGCCUGAAACAGACAGCAUCCCCGCAUCCCCGCAUCCCCGCCUGCGUCUGCUGGGACCCAGAGCAAGGGCCACGCUCACUGUCGGAGGUUCUGCCCGCUGGCGCCGCCCUGGGGCUGCUCCGUGACGUCAAGGCUGAGCAAGGGGCGCCCCCGCUCGCCGCUCGCCCCCGGGCGCUGCACCCCGCCCGCCCUUCAUAA